CCGGUUCGGGAGCGCAGGAGGGCCAUGUUGAUGUUCCCGACGAGUCUGCGGAGCGAAAAGGAGAAGAUGCGGAACCCGGCGUGCGGUUGGUAGGCGGCGACAAGAUCGGCCUCUACGUCCUAGGCCUUCAGGAGGUCGUCAACCUCAACGUGAUUCAGCAAUCGAUCUACUCCGACCCGGGCACUAUCGCGAAAUGGCAAGACGCCCUCGAAACUGCCUUGCCGAAAGGCUACACGCUUGUUGCGAGCCAGCAACUUGUCGGGCUGCUCUUGUUAAUAUAUGCUUCUCCCGAGGUAGCUGAAACCAUCUCCCACGAAUCCACCGUUAGCAUCGGGACUGGCGUACUGAGGUAUUGGGGCAACAAGGGCGCAAUCGCAUCUCGCCUUCUCUUGGGUGAGACGACGCGUCUCGUUUUUAUCAACUCUCACUUGGCCUCGGGCCACGAUCAAGCCAGUCUCGAUCGGCGAUGUUGGGACUACCACAAAAUUAUGGCGCAGACUAAAUUCACCCCCAUCAACUCGGGAGAUGCAACGGACAACGAAGGAGAUGCCAUUGGCGAUGAGGAUUUCGCCUUCUGGCUUGGCGACUUGAAUUUUCGUCUCGAUGGCUUGCCUGGGAACGAUAUCCGGCACCUGCUGACGCUUCACACCCGUGGCGAGUACGACAUCAGCAAGAAACGCGCCGGCGAGCUGCUCAACGAAGAGGGCGUUGUCGUAUUGCGUAACCGCGACGACGGCGACGACGACACGAACACGCCCAGGAUGAUAUCACGCGAGAAUUCUUUUGACGAAGCCUCCAACGAUGACGAGACGGAACUUCCGGAUCCCGACGACUUCGCACCUGAUCCCCACGAUGAUCCGGCGUCUUUGCAAGCGACACUUGACUCGUUGAUCCCCCACGACCAGCUCAAACGAAUGAUGAAGCAACGCAAGGCUUUCCACGAGGGGUGGCGCGAGGGCACCAUCGGAUUCUUGCCGACGUACAAGUAUGACAUAGGUACUGUCGGCCUCUUCGACUCCUCUGAAAAGAUGCGAGCCCCGAGCUGGUGCGAUCGUAUCUUGUAUCGUACCCGCACGGAUAUCACCCAAUACGAAAAGAAAUGCAAAGGCGAGAUGGAAGCUAAGGAGAGGGAUGAGGAUAUGAAGAGGAGGGGGAUCGACCAGGCUGCGGCCGACGAGAGCACGCUGUUCGACUACGAUCUCUCCAACGACUCUAGCAGCGAUAACCCAGCAUCUGGCGACACUCCAUACGAUUACGACGAGUAUAAUGAGACCGAAGACGCAACAGGAGAGGAGGUUGUCACGAAGGAAGGCUACGUUGAUCGAAUAAGCUUGGAUAUCUACACCAGCCACCAACGGAUCAUGUCGUCGGAUCACAAACCAGUCGCCGCUCUGUUCACUCUGGAUUACGAUGCCGUCGUCCCCGAGCUCAAGGCGAGAGUACACGCGGAAGUAGCGUGGGAGCUCGACCGGGCGGAGAACGAAGGGCGGCCGGGGAUCACCGUUGUCGUCGAGGGGAAAGACUCGAUCGACGCGGCUAAUAAGAACGUCGGUGACGGGAGCGAAGGCGUCAACUUUGGGGAGAUCGGGUUUCUACGGAAGGCAACACGGUACUUGACUAUCGCGAACACUGGGCGCGUUCCCGCCACCUUCUCGUUUGUGGAAAAGCCCCACGUGGCAGGCGAUGCGACCGAGUACCCGAGAUGGCUCGAGUUCAAAUUCACUGCAUCUCUGCCGAUUAAUGACGACCGGACACGGUCAGACGCCCUAGGCGACGAAAUAACUCUAGAACCUGGCGAGACGGUGAAUGCCCUUCUCUGUGCCUACGUCCGCGAUCUCGCCCACGUACGGGCACUAAACGAACAAACUGCGCAGUUGGAUGACGUCUUGAUCCUAGGCGUCACCGACGGAAGGGACCACUUCAUUCCGGUUCGGGCAGCUUGGAUCCCUACCUGCUUUGGGCGCUCGCUCGAAGAGCUUAUACGAGUGCCACGCGAUGGCGGCAUUCGAGGGCUCGUAGCGCAGCAGCAGAUCGGGGGUUCGAUACCGUACUCGUUGGAAGUGCACAAAUCAUCGCCUGGUGAGCUUUUCAAGCUGACCGAGGCUUUGGAGUCGUUGGCGGAGCGCGUGGUCGCGGACGAAAACAUGCUGGAAGAGUAUAAGGUACCUCGGGAGGAACCCGGUUGGCCAUUUGACAGGCAGUCAUGGAAAACGGCACACUCGGACAAUCACGACGAAAUACGACUAGCCGUGGUAGAGGCACUGGAGGAGGGCAGGCCUGUAAUGGACGCUAUCGAGGUUGACACGCCAUCCCUCAAACGACUCGAAAUUGUGAGCGAGGUCUUACUGCUAUUUCUCACGAGCAUGCCGGACGGGAUCAUCACGGCGCCUCUGUGGGCGAAAAUCGAGUCGGCCUUGCCUAGCCUAGGAGACGGGAGAGCGCCGGCGGAGCCGGAGGAGAUCAAGAGCACGAUCCUGGACAUCCUAGCGACGGCGCCAUACUACAACAUCUCGUUCGUCUUCCUCACGUCCAUGCUAAUGAGAGUAGCGAACGAGUUGAUCCCGCUCAGCAAGGAGGAGCUGGAGGCCCUGAACACCCGGAAGGCAGAGCUGUCGUUCGGCAGGCGCAGCCUGAGCUUCCGCCGGAACACGGCGUCGCUGGUCAACGAGCUCGCGAUACAACGGCGGGUGUUCUGGGAGAAGAAGGUAGCGGAGAUAUUCAGCACGGCGAUCUGCCGGUCAUCCUCGCCGGCGAACGCGAGGGAGAAGAAGGCGACCGAGGACAAGAUGAAGAGCGUCAUCGAGCUGUUCGUGCGGCAGGAGGUGCCACGGUGAGGGUCUCUCCACGGAGCGUGCGGCAGUUUAGUUUGCUCCCGUCUAUGUAGAGAAGAGAGAGGAUAAGUUUAACCUAGAGAGGGUGGGAAUGGGCAACGAGGGCGGCGUUUGUAAGAGGUCGAUCCGGGGCGAUACCUACUGAUUUGUAGUUAGAUAGAUCAUGUCCAUACCCAUCCCGCAAUGCAAUCCUAGGUAUAUAUAUAUAUAUAUU